AUGGCGGCAGAAGUGCUACCGUUGGCACAAGUGAAGUUGCCAUCGGGGCCUAGCCCCGUCACGGCCGAGCAGCGGUAUUGGAGGUCGUUCAAGAACCAGAAAUCCCAUACAUCGACGGCGUCGUGGCCCAUUUCCCACAUCAGCUUCCCUACGGCGGGUGGGACAGUCUCCAAUUCUCUCGUAGCUGCAACCAAGCUCAAUGACUUGUUCGCCGUGACGUCCGGGCCCCGUGUCGACAUCUUCUCGAUCCGCAAGCGCGAACCCCUCAAGACCAUUGGCCGCUUCGACAGCGAGGCGCACUGCGGCGAGAUUCGCGCCGAUGGAAGGGUGCUGGUUGCCGGCGAGGAUUCGGGCAGGAUGCAGGUCUUUGACGUGGGCGGUGGAACGCGGGCCGUGAUCCUCAAAACCUGGCAUAUCCACAAGCAGCCCGUGUGGGUGACGAAGUGGUCGCCCACCGAGCUGACGACUCUUAUGAGCGCUAGUGAUGACAAGACGGUUCGGUUGUGGGAUCUGCCUUCGAACAACCCGAGCCGCAUGUUCACGGGCCACUCCGACUAUGUACGGUGCGGCGCAUUCAUGCCAGGCGGGAACAGCAACCUCCUAGUGUCAGGGUCCUACGAUGAAACGGUCCGGGUCUGGGACGCGAGAGCAGCAGGAGGCGCUGUCAUGACCUUCAAACACGCCGACCCCGUCGAACAUGUCCUUCCGUUGCAGUCCGGCACUACUCUCCUAGCCGCGGCCGGAAGCGCCAUCUCCGUCCUCGACCUCGUCGCCGCGAAGCCCCUCCGCCUCAUCACCAACCACCAAAAGACCGUCACCUCACUCUCCCUCGCAUCCGACGGCCGUCGCGUCGUCAGUGGCAGCUUGGACGGCCAUGUCAAGGUGUUCGAGACAACCGACUGGAAUGUCGUGGCCGGCUCCAAAUACCCCAGCCCCAUUCUCUCCCUCUCCGUCAUCACCGCCGGCGCCGCCCAAGAAGACCGUCACCUCGCCGUCGGCAUGCAGUCCGGCGUCCUGUCCCUCCGGACACGGCUCUCCGGCGCGGCCGCCGAGAAAGCCCGGGACCGCGCCGCAGUCGAAGCCGCGCGCGACGUGGGCACCGACGCCCUCGAGAAGCUCGACGCGCAAAAGGCCAAGCGCAAGCGCGCAGCCAUGACCAACAAAUCCAUGGACCUGCUCGGCGAGGGCGUCGACGCGAUCAUCCCCACCGACACACCGGGCAGCGGCGGCGGGCGCGGCGGGCGGCGCGUCAAGCUCAAGCCGUGGCAGCGCAACUUCCGGCAGGGCCGGUACGCGGCGGCGCUGGACGAGGUCGUCGACAUGAGCGACGCGCAGCACCAGCCGGUGACGGCGCUGACGGUGCUGGUGGCGCUGCGGCACCGCUCCGCCCUGCGCGAGGCCCUCGAGGGCCGCGACGAGAUCACCGUGCUGCCCCUCCUUAGGUGGGUCCGCAAGCACAUCGCCGACCCGCGCUACCGGAGCAUCUGCGUCGAUGUGUCGUUCCACCUGCUGGAUAUCUAUAGUGAGCAUGUUGGUGGCAGCGAGGAGCUGGCGUCCAUGUUCCAGGCGUUGCUGGGGAAGGUGUCGAAGGAGGUGGAGAAGGCGCAGAUGGCGAUUCAGACGAAUGGGAUGGUGGAGAGUUUGAUGUUUGGGGCUAUGUAA